AUGACGGUGGCACAUGGCGUCUCUUUCACUGCUCCCAAACUCAGAUGUUUUGAGGCCCACUCAACCACAAACCCAAACAAACAAAGUUACAAACUUCAUCUCCAACUCGCAAUUGAUAAAGAAGAAUACCAAGAAGCUGCAAGGUUGAAAAAGGCCGUUGAUGAGAAGCUAUCUUUGAUGAUGCCGUUGCUCAAAUUUGUCGGACUUGAAGAUUCAGAUGACCCCUUCAGUAGAAUUAUUCAUAUAAGUCCUGGCAUUGAUAGAUUUGUUGCCAAGAGUUACACCCCAAGACAGUUGCUCAAAGUAUUACCUGGUACUCCAGUAUUUGAAAUUUAUGUGGUAAAAAAUGCUGAUUAUACAUAUCAAAUGCAGGUAGUACAUUUGCUACGAGCCAAAAGAAAUUCAAUGAGCAGCCCUCCAUCUAAGGUGGAGAAUGAAUCUUCAGUUGAGAUUCAGGAGCAUGAAGAGAAGGUUGAAAAAAAUGACGAGGUGAAAAGUUCUAUUGAGGAAGCAACUAAACAAGGCAUUAAAAGUGUAUUAUAUUUUCUUAAGGACAAAAUUCCAGGAUUGCAAAUUACAACAAUGAACAUAAAUGCUGAAGUGGAAGAGGAAGUUGAUAAUCUGGAUGUACAUAAUGAGGGGAUUCUAGAAGCAGAUAAUGAUGCAUCGGCAGAAGAAAAGGAUUUGGGUAGGAAUCAUUUUGUUGGUGGAGUCGUCUCCAGUGAGAAUGACACUCCUGUUCAGGAUAGAUUUAUUCGCCUUCCAGCUGAAAUACAAGAUACCGAAAGAAAUCAUUUUGUUUUGCAUUUUCCCGGGAGAAAUGUAGAUGGUGAUACUAGAAAAAAAUGA